GUUUCUUCUGUAUUCGUGGGAGAGGACAAAUUAUUGAAGGUUUAAAAGAAUCCCCCUUUUCGUCGUUGUUGCGAAGAAGCGGAGUUAAUCGAAGUGCAGGGCUUUCGCAAUGAAUAUCCCAAAUGGAACGUUUUCAAGAUCUGAUCAUUUCCAUGCUUCAAGUGAUGCUUCUCUCUUUUCCAGUUCUCUACCUGUUCUUCAACACCAAAACCUCAACCCUCGCGCGAGCUACCAUCAGUCUGUUGAUGAAAUUGCUUCCGGCUUAAAUCAAUACAAUGGAGGCACUGGCAAGAUGCUUGAUGAUGCUACGUUGGAUGACUUGGAAGAUUAUGAUUUAUUUGGUAGCGGUGGAGGUCUUGAAUUGGAGACUGACCCAUAUGACAGUCUAAACAAGGGCUUCUCACGAAUUGGUUUUGCUGAUUCUAACGUUGACAAUGUUAUACCUCAAAACAUUUUCCAAAAUGGAGCGGGAUCGAUUGCUGGCGAACAUCCUUAUGGUGAACAUCCUUCAAGGACUCUGUUUGUUCGGAAUAUUAACAGUAACGUUGAGGAUUCUGAAUUGCAAGCUCUUUUUGAGCAAUAUGGAGAUAUCCGAACUCUGUAUACAGCCUGCAAGCACAGGGGAUUUGUAAUGAUCUCUUAUCACGAUAUACGUGCUUCUAGAGCAGCUAUGCGAGCAUUACAAGGCAAGCUACUUAAACGGAGGAAACUGGACAUACAUUUCUCAAUCCCCAAGGAUAAUCCAUCGGAGAAAGAUGUUAACCAAGGAACUCUUGUGGUUUUCAACUUGGCUCCAUCAGUUUCCAACAGAGACCUUGAAAAUAUAUUCGGUGCUUAUGGCGAGAUCAAGGAGGUACGGGAAACACCAAAUAAGAGGCAUCACAAAUUUGUUGAAUUUUUUGACGUUAGAUCAGCUGAUGCAGCUCUCAAGGCUUUGAACAGGACUGACAUUGCUGGAAAACGUAUCAAGCUUGAACAUAGUCGUCCUGGUGGUGCACGUCGAAACAUGAUGUUGCAAAUGAAUCCGGAGUUGGAGCAUGAUGAUUACCACAGCUACCCGAAUCAUGUUGAGUCGCCUUUAGCAAGCUCUCCUAUAGGGAACAAGUGGUAUAAUAGUCCUGUUGAUCAUCCUCUACAAAGUUUCAGUAAGUCGCCAGUAUUUGGAAACUUGAGUCCAACAAAGAACAUCCGUUAUCCAGAAUUUUCGUCAAUUAUGCAUUCUCAAGAAGCAAAUCUGAUAAAGGCUGCAUCGGUGAACAAUGGCCAAGAGGGAAGAAGGUUUAGCCACUUGGAUCACCUGUUUUCAAGUAGCAGCUAUAAUAAUGCAAGCCACAAAGCUUCUACCUUUCAGCAACCGCAGUCGUUUGGAUCUGUUUCUUCAUUUGGUUCUUUGAACUCACACCCGAGUCACGUAGAAACAUUAUCUGGAUCAGAGUUCCUGUGGGGAAGCCCUAGUUCUUCAGCCUGGCCUGUGAAUCCAUUCUCUUCAAACGUAAAAAAUAACAGGUUUCCUUACUCGGCUCAGAACGGGUCGCUCCACCAGCUCCAUCAUGUCGGAUCUGCGCCAUCUGGAUUCUUCCCGAGGUCCCCUGAAACUUCAUCAAUGGCUUUCCGAGGAACAAGUGGUCAUAUGAAUGCUCAAAGAAACUUACGUGAAACUAGCUCUCCAAGUUUUAAAAUGUUGUCUUCUCCAAGAUUUAGUCAAUUGUUUAUGGGCAAUGACUCUUACCACUUACCUGUUCCUACAAUGGCUUCCAUUGACGACCCAUUUGAGGUUGGAAGGAACCAACAGUUUAAUAGUAACGUUAACCAAGUCGACAUCAAGAUACAGUUUCAGCUUGACUUGAGUAAGAUUAUGAGGCGUGAAGAUCCACGCACAACCUUGAUGAUAAAAAAUAUCCCUAAUAAGUAUACCCGGAAUAUGCUCUUAGCUGCCAUCGACGAGAAAAACAGCGGAACUUAUGAUUUUCUCUAUUUGCCUAUUGAUUUCAAGAAUAAAUGUAAUGUGGGGUAUGCAUUUAUCAAUAUGGUGUCUCCUAAAUUCAUCAUUGCAUUGUACGAGGUCUUUAAUGGAAAGAAAUGGGAGAAGUUCAACAGCGAGAAAGUUGCUUCCUUGGCUUAUGCACGAAUCCAAGGUAAAGCUGCGCUUAUUGCUCACUUUCAGAACUCGAGCUUGAUGAACGAAGAUAGGAGAUGCCAACCUAUUGUCUUUGAUGGAUCAGAAUCUAAAUAUCCGAUCAUCCGGGAGAAUUCUCAGCUCGAGGCAUCAAAUUCAACGGUUUCUCAUCCUGUAGUCAGCGAGAGCACGCAUCAAAGCUGACAGUCAAGUGAAUCCCAUUAUUGCCUUUGGUUUAAAACGUAAAUAUCAGUUUU